UUACGCAGGAAAUGACGUAAUCCCGGCAGCGAGCCUGCCUCUUUCUGUCCUCUGGUCGAUGUCGCGGAGCUGCAGCGUAACGAGCGGUGUUUAGUGCAGGGUUCACAGUGUUUACAGUGCUGUCUGCAGUGUGUGCUCCUCACGGACCGAGUUCACGUCGUGUUUGUAUCGUCGUCUGACUGAUAAUGGCCGGAACUCUGGCGCGUAAGGCCGUGGAUCAACUCCGCAGUAAAGAGUUCAGAGACUAUCUCAUGAGGUCACAUUUCUGGGGUCCGGUGGCAAACUGGGGCCUGCCCAUCGCCGCCAUCAAUGACAUGAAGAAGAGUCCAGAGAUCAUCAGCGGCAGAAUGACCUUCGCUCUCACCUGCUACUCGCUGCUCUUCAUGCGCUUUGCCUACAAGGUCCAGCCCAGAAACUGGCUUCUGUUCGCCUGCCACUUCACCAAUGAAGGAGCUCAGCUCAUCCAGGGCAGCAGACUCAUCAAAUACAACAUGGAGAAGAAGAUGGCCAAAUGAUAAGUGUGCACAGCGGUCACAGUCAUGCUUCUGAGGACAUCCACGAGUCCGUAUUGCAACAACUGAUCGGUUUUAACACAAUAAAUACUCAUUCAAAUACAUUGACGAUUGGUUUCAUGCUAUUUUUCUGUUACACGUAUAACAUUUUAAGCCUUACAACACAGCCUCGAAGGUUAGAGUUUGUAUGCAAUGUUGAAAUAUUUGAUUAAUUUAAUUAAUAAUGUGAUCAGUGUGUAUGUUAAAAAUGAAUAUGGAUAAAAUAAAAAAAUAAUUAUG